AUGGCUCCCAAGAUCGCUAUCGUCUACUACUCCAUGUACGGCCACAUCAAGCAGUUGGCCGAGGCUGAGAAGGCCGGUAUCGAGAAGGCUGGCGGUACUGCCGACCUCUUCCAGGUCCCCGAGACCCUCCCCGAGGACGUCCUCGCCAAGAUGCAUGCUCCUCCUAAGUCCACCGACGUUCCUACCCUCGACGACCCUUCCAUCCUUGAGGGCUACGAUGCCUUCCUCCUUGGUAUCCCCACCCGUUACGGAAACUUCCCCGCCCAGUGGAAGGCUUUCUGGGACAAGACCGGCAAGCAGUGGGCUUCCGGUGGUUUCUGGGGCAAGAUGGCCGGUAUCUUCGUCUCCACCGCCUCCCAGGGUGGUGGUCAGGAGACCACUGCUCAGAACGCCAUCUCUACCCUCACCCACCACGGCAUCAUCUACGUUCCCUUCGGUUACGCCAAGGCUUUCGGUACCCUGACUGACCUCUCCGAGGUUCGCGGUGGUAGCGCCUGGGGUGCCGGUACCUUCGCUGGUGGUGAUGGUUCCCGUCAACCCUCGGCCAAGGAGCUCGAGCUUGCUCAGGUCCAGGGAGAGUACUUCUACCAGACCGUUGCCAACAGCCAAGCCAAGGCUGCGCCACCGGUGUCCGAGAACACCAAGCCUGCUGAGGCUGAGAAAGAUGUUGCACCAAAGACGGAUAACAAGGGACCACAAGAGCUCAAGGAAGUCAAAGAGGGUCCCUGCGGCCUGCCCGCCAAGUGUGUUGUUCAAUAG